AUGAGUUCUUAUGUGUCCAACCAUCGAUUGUCGGAAUCAAAUCAGCCAUUUGUCAAUCAAUUAUCUACUGUAUCUAUUCCUAAUAGUGUGCAGGAAGCCUUAACUGAUCCAAGGUGGAAAGCAGUUAUGAAUGAAGAGGUAGAAUCAUUGCUGAAAAAUGAAACUUGGGAGCUUGUUGAUUGCCCACCAGGGAAGAAAAUUGUUGGGUGUCGGUGGAUUUUUAAUGUGAAAUACAAAGCAGAUGGCACAAUUGAACGUUUUAAGGCAAGACUCGGGGCAAAGGGAUACACCCAGACAUAUGGAAUUGAUUAUACGGAAACCUUUGCACCUGUAGCUAAGAUCAACACAGUUCGUGUCUUAUUGUCUCUAGCUGCGAACCUGGAUUGGCCACUACAAUAA